CGCAUGCGCACUGAAAACAAGGAAGUGCCGCGCGAGAAGAACGGACGUGACAGUCACAUAAUCUCACGUUUUUCUUUGGUCUUUAUUCAAUUAUUUGCCGCUAGUUUAUCCACUGAAGAAUGGCCACGGUGUUAUUAGUGUUCUUUUAGACCCGGCACGAUUAAGCAAGGUGACAGUAGCAAACCAAAGAUGCCAGCUCGUAGCGUUGUGAAUGGCGUUCCUGCCAGUAAAGUGAAGUACUCCAGGUUAGCCAUUCAUGACGACGGCUACAUUGAUUUGCAGUUCAAAAGAAGUCCACCCAAAGUCCCGUACAAAGCCAUCGCGCUCGCUGCAGUCCUGUUCUUGAUUGGCUCUCUGUUAAUCAUCAUCGGUUCUCUUCUCCUGGCCGGAUAUUUUGGAGUGACCCACUCUGACCGAACCAUUCCAGUCCUGGUCAUAGGAAUCCUUGUUUUUCUUCCUGGAAUUUACCACUUGCGAAUAGCUUAUUAUGCAUCAAAAGGAUACCCUGGAUACUCCUAUGACGACAUCCCUGACUUCGAUGACUAAAUCAAUUUUCCUUGACGCAUAAUGAAGUCCUCAUAUUUCCGAUACAUAUCCCUCCAUGAAAAUAAUUUAAUUUACGUACUUUGAUGAAUGUCUUUUUUUUUUUUUAAAUAAGCCUGUUUUCUCAUAUUGUUCCCAUACUGAUGGCAAGCAAAUAUAGUCUUAAGUGUAAAUGUAUUGUUUCUCAGUAAAGCAGUGCAGCUCCAAUUUGUGGUUUAUUGUUGAUUCAUUAAUUCAUGUAGCAGUCUUUUUAUGUGGCCUAUCUGAAAUUAUUUACUUGGAUUAACUUUUUUUCCACAAUACAAAACGGCUGUGCAGAAAAAAAAUCACUUGUAUUAUUUGGCAUUGGACUCAGCAUGACUCAGACUUGAUCUUAGUUUUACUGUUCGGGGGCUUUCUACCGUCUUUGUUACUGAUUUAUUGCUUUAUCGUUGCAUAUAUGAUAGUUGCUCCAUGUACAGCACUUUGUAUGUAGCCAUGGCUGUUUGAAAGUGCUCUAUAAAUAUAGUUGAGUUGAGGAAUGUAAUAUUAAAAAUAGUAAUGUUUAUUGUAAACCAUCUUUAUAAUAGAAUUUAUAAUAUAAUUAAUAAUAGUGUAGUAGAAGCAACUAAAUUGCUUGAUAUUUAUGACAUAGAAGUCUUUUUCAUACUCGUGUUUACUGUAGUUAUGACUUUACUACUGCAUGAACAUGGGAAUGUGACAUUUUGCUUUGUACAAAUUAGCUGUGGCAGCACGGUGGUCGACUGGUUAGUACGUCGGCCUCACAGUGCAGAGGGGCAGGGUGCUAUUAUUUGUUUUCAAAUCUUUAAAUGGCCUCGCCCCACCUUACCUCUCUGAGCUCCCCCACCAUUAUGCACCUGACACUAUCAGAGAUACCAUGGGCUAAGCGGAGCCUUAGAAGGGAUCAAGCCUUUUAAAUUAGCUGUGGUAGGAUAAGUAAAUACUUAUCUACUGUACUUCAGUAGAUUUUUCAGCUCAUCUAUUUGAGGGUUUUUUUUCUGAACGCUUUUUACUUGAACUACUAAAUUUGAAAACUGAU